AUGAACGAGAACGAGGCGGCGUUCAUCGAAGAUGGCAUUACGCCGCUGGUCGACGAUGAUCCCUUGUUCGCCCCGUUGCACAGCGAUCCUGAUGAGCCUGCGGAGCUGCAGGCUCGGAUGAGCGCCACCGCCAAAGAGGGGCGGCAGGGGGUCCUGGAGUCUGCAGCGCCCAUGCCGCUUGCUGCGCCGCCACCCGCCAGACGCAGGCGCCGCCAUGGCAAGGAAGCCAGAAAGCGACACAAGCAGAAGCAAAAGGCAGCGGCAAGGGCAAAGGCAAAGGCAAAAGCCCAGGCAGCCCAGGCCGUGGCAAAGGCCGCAGCUGCCAAGGCAGCGGCUAGCAGCAAGGGCGGCAGCAGCAGCGACAGCAGCAGCAGCAGCAGUUCCCGUUCGGAGGAACGGGUACGACUGCGGCAUCGACUCGCUGCGGAGAAGGCCACGAGCGAAGUCUUGCGGCGACAGCUUCAGGCCAGAGAAGAAGACGUAAAGAGCCGAGGCAGGCAAUGCGACCAACUGGCCAUGGCUCAAGCCGCUGCCGUCAUCGAAACUCUGACAAAGCAAAGGCAAAAUGACAUGGCUCGCGACCUUAACAAAGCUCUGGCCGAAAUCAGAAAAAGACGAGCCGGAAAGUAG